UGGACCAGGACCUGGGAGAGGGAGGAUGACUCAGGCCCCAAACUGGAGGCAGCGGAGCCCGCGAGCGAGCAGCGUCGGGCGGCCCUGGCCCGGCCCCGCCCCCGGCCCGCCAGCCCAGCCUGCGCCCGGCCGCGCUCGGGAGCUCAGCGCCAGCCCUCGCCCCUUCGCCGUGCCUCCGCUUGCCCGCCCCCGCCGGCCGAGGCUGGGCUGCGGGAGGCGGCCGGGCGGCCCCGAGCCUCGCCAGGGCGACCCAAACAAAGGCAGCAUCCGGGCUCGGCGGGAGGCAGAGCAUCAUGAGAGACUGGGUCCUCGCUGUCCCCGGCUCCGCUGCUGCUGCUGCCGCUGCCGCCGCCGCCGCCGCCGGGAGGGCUUCGCUGUGAGCGUGGAAAGCAGGGGCGCAGCUGCGGGGCGUGAAUUCGAAAGGUGAGAGCCAGAGCCAGCGAGCCGAGGGG